CGCAACAUUUGUGGUUCGGUAUCUAGUAGGCGUCGGACGAGCUGCGGAGCGUUCGUCAAACCGCGAAAACCGAAGACGUCGACGUCUGCGAGCGAUGUGAAACGGCCCCCGCCCACUUGCAAUUUUCAGCUGCGGAAAAUAUGAGAUCUUGAGGAUUUUCUCCCGAUCAACGACAGUGUUUGUGAAAAGUUUCGAUUCUUGUAUAUUGUGUUGAGAUAUUCUCGUGAAAUUGCAGUAAAUUCGGUGACAAACUACUCGAGGAUUUUUAUUGUGGACAAAUCGCGUGAAAGUUUCAGUCCUCGAGGAUCUGAAUCGAUUCAGAUUGAACAAGGAAUAAAAGGAUUCUUCAUAAGGUGAUGGUGAUUGAAAGCAACCGUGUCUUCUUGUGAAUCAAUUAAGAAAAAUGAUGAUCAGCACAACUACUCAUGUUUUGACUCUUUUUCCACUGAUGGUUGUUCUUCAGAACGUGAAAGGAAAUAUAAGAACCCAGGAGCCGCCGAAUCAGUUGCAGGAGUUUGUUAAGAAUUAUCGCACUUCACGGAGUUACUCGACUGUGGAAGUUAAAGUUAUCGAAAAAGGUGUGGCAUUUUUACCAUGUGAUCUCUCACCACCAAAGUAUGCAGACAGAAUUCUUAUUAUCGCAUGGUACAAGGAAGAUGGUGAUCCUAUUUUCAGUUAUGAUCAGAGGACUAUGCCUCCCGUGGAAUGGCGAAAUACAUCGAUACAAUUCCGACAUCUUUCCUUCACUUUCAAAAAACCGGCAACACUCAUAUUGAGUAAUAUUUUAGAGAAGGACGAAGGUGUGUAUAGAUGUAGAAUAGAUUAUUCCUCAUCGGCUACAAAAAAUCACUGGAUAGAACUGGAGGUAGUAGUUCCACCGAAAAAAUUGACCAUAAUCGAUGAGAAGGGCCGUCACUUGUCCUCGACAGCAGGGCCGUACGAUGAAGGGGGCUCAAUGAUUCUUAAAUGCGUCGUAAUUGGAGGAAAACCAUCUUCCGAAAUUGUAUGGCUGAAGAAUGACAGACCCAUCGAAUCCACAAGAUUCAAUAGUGGUUCUCCAGAAUCGCAGUUGUCCAUAGCCCAGUUGGCGCGUUCCAACGUCCACGACACUUACACAUGUCGAGCUUCCAAUAACAAUAUAACUUUACCCUUACGAAAGAUCAUCAGGGUUGACAUAAAUCUUGGACCACUCUUUGUGAAAAUAAUGAACGAUAACUCAUUCUCUGUUGGCAAAAAACAUACCAUAUCUUGCCUCACCCAUGGUUCGAAGCCACCUGCAAAAAUAAUUUGGCUGAUUGACAACCAGGUCGUGGAUAAAAGAAGAUUUCUUGUCGAUCAAAUCUAUUCUACGGAUGGUAACUCUACUACAUCAAUUCUGUCAUUUACGCCAACACGUGAUGAGAAUGGAUUAACACUGACUUGCCGCGCGUUGAACACCCUUCUGGCAUAUAGAAUAUUGGAAGAUUCUAUAAAAUUAAAUGUAACAUAUAUGCCGCAGACAACCAUAUAUCUGGGGAAAAAUUUAAAGGCAGAAUACAUUCAAGAAGGACAUGAUGUAUACUUCGAAUGUGAGGUAGAUGCUAAUCCUGCGUCGAAUAAACUCAUGUGGUUCCAUAAUGGUAAAUUAUUGAAGGACAAUAAAAAGAAUGAUAUCUCCUUAAACCACAAUGCUUUAGUACUUCGGAAUAUAACGAAACACCAAAAUGGAAACUAUUCAUGUGUAGCUACAAACGACGAAGGUAUCGGAAAGAGCAACAAUUUCCACCUCAGGAUAAUGUACAAACCCAUUUGUAAAGCAAACCAGCCACGUGUCUACGGCGUAGCCAGACAUGAACUGGCCAAAAUUCUUUGCGAAGUAGAAUCACAUCCUCCACCUAAUACUUUCAAAUGGAGCUUUAAUAACUCCGCCGAGAAUAUAGACAUCCUACCAUCGAGGAAACUCUCGUCGAUAAAUCGGUUUAUAUCAAUAGUUACUUAUAAACCGAUUUAUGAGCUAGAUUACGGCACAAUACUCUGUUGGGCUUCAAAUGCAGCUGGCAAACAAUCGGAACCUUGCGUCUUUCACAUAGUACCAGCUGGAAAACCAGAUCGCCCCUACAAUUGUACCAUUUUGAAUACAUCCAGCUACUCCCUAGAAAUCAAGUGUGUAGAGGGAUUCGAUGGGGGCCUUCCACAAACUGCACAAGUGUCAGUUUACGAUCAGAUAACAUCUGUAUUGAUAUCCAGUGUUUCAGCGUCAUUUCCCAUGUUUCUGGUAGAUAAUCUGGAGCCUGGAAAAUUGUUGAAAAUAGAAGUAUAUGCUGUUAAUUCGAAGGGGAGGAGCGAACCAGUUGUUCUCUCGGGAUAUACCCUGCUCGAUGCCGAGAAAAGAUCAGUUCUUUCGAUGGAUGUCCAAAGCCGUUUGGAAAUCGUGCCAGUGUUGGGGGCGAUUGUUGGUUUCGUCAUCAUGGUGGUUAUAGUUUCCAUCGCGGCUUUUAUAAUUGUUCGGCUCAAAAUGUGUAAAUUACGUAGAAACUCUCCCGUGUUUUCCGUGGACAAUUCUAAAUCGAACCUGAGUGUGCAAAAGAGGCCAAAUGGUAGAGAUUUCCUUGAAAAAGAUGAAAAUAAUCCGGAUAUCAUCCCAGUUUAUACAAAUUUACAGCAGCUCAGUUCGAAUAAUUCCAAUCAGCAUUCCCCGCAAGACAACAUUUUCACCCCUCUAACAGAAGCUUUUCUUGCCAAGAAUAGAGAGCAAGAGUUGUAUUCGCUCAAUUAUGCAGAAUUGGCUCCAUUACAAACUGGUGGUUCCAAGAAUAAAAAGUUUACGCCUUCCAGAAUGAAAGAUAAGGUCAUUUAUGCAGAAAUUGAGCACGACGGCAAAGAUGAAAUCCCGUCGAAGUUUGCAACAGGAUUGGUCGUCGAUUCUGAGAAUUCUUCUUUACCAUUAGGAAAAACCAGAAAUUAUGCAGAAUCUAAGAGAGAAGUGGUUACAACAAAAGGGCCGUUCUUGGGUUAUCAUCAAGAAAGUUGUGUUUAAGUGUUGAACUGUAACUUCAUUGGUUGAAUACAAAUAUUUUCGAGUGAUGAGUGCAAAGGUGGAUCCUUAAUUUAUCCAAUUACUUUAAAUAAUGAAUAGAUCUGGUCAUCUACUAUGUAUAAUUUUCUCGAGAUAAAGAAUUGUUUUUUAAUAAUAAUCUGGUUGUGUUGAAAAUUUCACAGAGGGACAUAAUGCGGUAUAUCCUGAAAUUUUUUAGAUUCAACCAUUUUACAUAACUAUGUAUUAAAUCUUUCCAAAUUGAAACUUAUAACAGAUAACCUGGAAACUUGAUUGGGAUUGUGAAUAUCCCUUACCUAUGAAAAUACUUUGAUUGAAUUUAUGACCUGUAUGCAUGAAUAGUUGAGCUGAAAAUAACAAUUUUCGGGUACCUACUUUAAAUGUUGAUCAAAUCAACGAAAAUAUAAAAAUUCGAUAAACAAUUUUAUCAGUCAUGAUUAUCGAACAAGAAUAAUGCAUUAUUUUUGUCCAUUCAACAUUAUAUUUAAGUUCUUGUUUAUAAUAAGAGGCAGAUUUUAUGAAAUUGUAAUAAGCAAUUUAAUGUUAUUUCUAGUAAUUCGGAGAUCAACCAUGUAUAUAAAUGUAUUUGCGUAAGUUUUCUUGAAUGUUUCGACUCUUUUUCCAUAUUGUAUAAAAUAAUGAUUAAUAUGAUGAAAUAGUGACAUGAUAUAAUCAACUCAAUCUGUACAUUAAAUGAUAACGAAAUAAAGACUCUUUUCAUAAA